AUGUCAGAAAUCAUAAAUAAAGUUGAUGAUUUAUUGGCAUGGUUGAAGAGAAUUGAUGAUGAAGCAUUGAAGACGUCCAAGAAUUCGUUCAUAUCCCCCAAAAUUGAGGUGAGAGAGAGUAAAGAUUCGUUUAGAGGUCUUUAUGCUGUUGACCAAAUAAAUAGACGUGAAAAACUCAUUAGAAUACCUCCUUCGUAUUUGUUGAACAAAAUUACCGCAAUAUGUCAUAUUACGAAGUUUAAUGAAGAGGUGAAGUUAAAGGAGACCCAUUUCACAAGCAUAACUGUUCCUCAAACUGACCCAGAUGAGUUUACUAAGCUAUAUUCGAAAUUUUCAUUGAGCAUGCUAUUGGCAUUAUCUUCAUUUCAGUUGCUUUCCUUGUUUAUUUGCAUUGAGAAGCAGAGAGGGCAGCGCUCUUUUUGGCAUCCCUUCUUUGGCACUCUUCCAGAAAUGUCCGAUUUCAGACUAUUACCACUCUACUGGGAAGUGUUGAAGGUGGAAAAAUAUCAAAACUUGCUCUCGUUAUUACCUGGACCCGUUAGAACGCAAGCUAACAAAGUUCAUGAGAGAUUCUUAAGUGACUAUCGUACUGUUAAUACAUUCAUUGCAAAUAAUAUUAGUGAUCUGGAUUUGAAGGAUGGUUCGAUAAUCAAGGACAAGCUCCCGGUGGAGUUGUUUCUCUGGGCAUGGUUAUGUAUUAACUCUCGUUGUCUUUACAUGAAAAUAAACGAGAGCAAUAAAGCUGAUGACAGCUUUACCAUGGUUCCUUACGUCGAUUUCCUAAACCACAGUUGUGAUGAUCAUUGCACUCUUAAAGUUGAUGGUUCUGGGUUCCAGGUUUUCACUGGCUCUGGCUAUAGUCCCAAUGAACAGUUAUUUCUAUCUUAUGGACCUCAUUCUAAUGAGUUUUUGCUAUGUGAAUACGGUUUCAUUUUAAGUGAAAAUAAGUGGAAUUUUCUAGAUAUUAGUGGCUAUAUUAUCUCUCGUUUCACACCUAAUCAAAUUGAAUUUUUAAAAGAGGUUGGGUACUAUGAUGAAUACACUUUGAAUUUGGCUUCUGGGGCAUCUUUUCGCACAGAAGUAGCUCUUGCGGUAUUGCAAGAGAGCUUUCCUCAAAAAUCGAGGAAUAUCAAUGCCUUGAUCAAUGGGUAUUCAGAUGGUAAGGUUUAUCAGUCAGGCUCUAAUUCAAUUUUGAAAAAGAUUUUAGAGUCUCUAAUUUUUGAAUGUGAAGCACAUAUCAACUUGGAAUAUAGUGAUACUGAUGGAUCCAUACUAAAUGAGAGACUCAAGAUGAUUGGAAGAUUAUAUUACGACAUGAAACAGAUUGCCAACAAAACAUUACAAGAUCUCUAA